CACCUCACUACCUUACAAGCUCAGUAGCUUACUUGUCACAUAUCGUUUAACUCUAGUUUGAGGAUGAUUAAGAACAUUCUAGUGCUGCUUGUACUAGCAGUGGGACUCUCUAAUGGGAUCGAACGUGCUAUCAGCAUGACCCAGAUCAGGGGUCUCAAGAAACUGCUGAAGGGACUUGGAGAUGGAAUCUUCGCCACUUGCAACAUAGUACUGUUCUCUGAAAUGGUUAACUACGAUGAAGCCGACAAUAGGUGCAAGAACUUCGAUAUUGGCUCGGGAGUAGGAGAAGAGGGAAAUUUGGUUACAAUAAAUGACGAAGAAAAGAACCAGGAUCUCGGAAUCCUCUUGGAAUUGGCCUAUCCAGAAAAACAACAGCCAGCUAGCAAGUGGACCAACACAAAAUGGGUCUGGGCUGGUCUCAGAAAAGUAAAGAAUAACGGUUACUCGAAGAAACCUCCACCUUACAACGGAGCAGAUUGGAAUUGGGCCGAUAAGUCAAACCCAAACGAUUUCAAAAAGUGGAUGAAAAACCAGCCUGAUCAAAACGCCCUCAAGCAAGGUAAGAAAGGUUGUGAUGAGCCACAGUGUCUCCAGAACCAAAUGAGGAUCAACCACCACGGACAGUGGGACGACACCUACAAGUUCAAGUUACAUCCUUACGCCUGUGACUACAAGGGUAAAUACAUCCUUUCUGGCGAACCUAAGACUUGGGAGUCUGCUAAAGCAGCUUGCUCUGCUGCUGGACUUAAUCUUGCCAAGGUUCGAAGCGUGGGAGAGGUUGAAGAGAUGAAGAACGCCAUGGAUUACUUCUUGGGAGCAGUGGACCCCGCCUGGAAGACCUGGAAUAAUAACAACUGGAUCUGGCUCGGAGGAAGUGACUCGAACGAGGAAGGAAUAUGGAAGUGGUUGGAUGGAGAGGUGGUUGAGGAUUGGAACGUUCCAUGGAGAACAAAGGCAGGAAAGGAUAACGCCGAGUACCUUAGCGAUUCUAACGGACAACAUGCUCUAGCCAUCUCCAGAUGGGGAGAGUUCGAUGACUCCUUCCAUGAUAGCACGCAGAGGAAGCGACCAUUCGCCUGCCAGUGCCCCGGAUCUUAGAUGACCGAACUGUUAGAAACCACGGAUUGCUUAACAGCUGAAAGACAAUAGUAUACGAGUUUAGACAAUGAGUUUUGGGUUUUAUUUUUACCUAUUAUUUUAUCAGCGUGAUAAGUUUGCUUAUCAUUCCUAUGUAAUUUUAGUGGUUUGUUAUUAAAUGUAUUAUUGUUGAACAUAUUGUCCUCUCUUUGAGCGAUUGUAAAAUGAUGUCAUGACCAU